AUGUCCAACAACCCUGCCAUCUAUCACUGGCUAUCGAGCCUACCCGAUUGCCACGAAGGCCACUGCGGCGAGACCACGAGCGUCAAGCACAAACCGAAGCGCACUAGAGGCGAAAUGACAACCCCUCCGUCUUCGACCGCGCGGACCGGGAGCCUGUCGCCCGGCCCCAAGAAGCGAAAGAUUGACGAUAGCAGACCCGACAGCCAUGGGCCCGAUCCAGAUCCCGAUGCGACACCCCGAUCGGGUCGAUCCCAACGCCCCUCAGUUACCACCCUUUCAAUGCGAACCGCGUUCCCCCCACCGUCCGAUUCCUCCGCUGCAUCCGCCGUAUCCUCCCGCCAAGACAGAAGCUCCAGAAGUUCCCGCCGUUCCGCCAGCCCUGUCAAGAACAUCACUGGGCUACAGCGCCUCGAUAAACCCGUCCUGUUCGACUCGCUCGAUGACAAUGCCGGCCUGAUACAACUCCCCGAAGACGUGCGGGAGCUCUACUACAACAUCUUCGCUGCUACAAAAUACCAGUCGGGGAUCUAUCCCGCCGAGAUUCGCACAGAGAUCGAAGCUCUGUACACAGGCCAUCCACCCCCAGACUCUGUGUACCGGAAACCUGGGGGAGGAAACGAUCAAGACGGGAUAGGACAAGAGGAGGAACAUUUUUUCGACUACCUUCCCGUCUCGGCUCUGUUUUCCGGCACCGCAGAGGGCGCCACGUCUCAAGCACGCAUCGCUCACGCCGAGUUUUACAAGGUCCGCGCCAUCAAAGACCGCGCAAGGGAGUGUUUAGCUCUCCGUCGCGCCGAGGCGGCGUGGAAUACAAAGGUUCACGAACCACUGUUGGAGCUUGCCUUGUCGAGGCGACACACGUCUGUCAUCUGCGAGAACGCAACAUCGGCCAGGAUUCUACCCUGCUUUCUUCCAUGCCUUAUUACGGGUGAGGUGGCUGAGGGCAAGAUGGUAGACUUUGUGCUAGCGCCCAACCUCGGCUCGGAGUCAGAGCUCGACAUUGCGAUCCAGAACAAGCUUGUCGAGCUGGCCAAGCAAAUGAGGUCCUCUGGACUCAUUUCGGCCCGUCUCUGCGUCAACCAAACCGAUUAUCCCCCCUUGAUGCGCUCUCCUGCGGCCGUGACCAUGGAGACCAAGGUUGCUGGAGCGAGUCUCGAGGAAGGACGACUGCAGUUGGGCGUGUGGAUAGCAGCCUGGCAUAGGCGGAUGGAAAUGCUCGGUGUUGGCGGCGGGAAAUCAGGCCCGCAGCUGCCUACGCUGCCCCUCAUCCUAACACACGAUCACGAGUGGUCUCUCUACUUUGCAGUCGAUCGUCUUGACAAGAUCGAGAUCUUCGGCCCCAUGCAGAUCGGAAUGACUGAUAACCUUCCAAACAUCUACCAGCUGCUUACCGUGCUUGGCUUCCUCGGGGCUUGGAUCGAUACCACCUUUCGCACCUGGGUCAUCAAUGCCUUUCAACAAUGGUUGAACAUUGAGGAAGAUGGUACAGGUGGGAAGCGUUUGACCGCGCGGUUGUUGUAUUAUUACCCCCGGUACAAGCCGGUCCGUUCCCAUCAGCAGUACUCUGACUUCUGCCGCGUCAAGCUGCUCCUGAACCACCCCCAUCGCCAGUCGGAACAAUUGCUCGAGGUUGAUUUAGGGUUAGACAAUAAAGGGUUAGGGUUACCGCUGCCGGAAGAGGAUGAAUUCGAGCGAGGGGAGGAUGCUGGGGACAUCACACUUGAGGAUUGGCAGGAGGUGGCCCGGCUGGUCCCCGACCUCCAACUUCCCCACAAUCUCCCUGAAGAGCGCGUUCCGCGAGUGAAAGUGCCAGGCCGCGAUAUGGAGACGCUCCAGCAGCGGCAGGUAUACGACACGGUCAUGCGCCACUACAGAGCCAAGAACGAGAACCGUCAGCCUCCGCCCCUUCGUCUACAGAUCGACGGAGGAGGUGGGACUGGAAAGUCGUACAUGGUGAAGGUCAUCUCUUCUCAUCUUCAGGCCGAGGCAGCUUCCUAUGGCCGAGUUUCCCCCAUUGUCAGGGCCGCCCCGACGGGCGUGGCGAGCAACCAGAUAGGGGGACAGACUCUGCAUUCCAUGCUGCGGCUCCCCGUCGACGGAAAUUACCGCUCGCUCUCCGAGACUCCGACGACCCUGAACGCCCUGCAGCGGCGGUUCAGGGGCAUCCACUACCUCGUGAUCGACGAGAAGAGCAUGCUGGGCCUCAAAACCCUCGCGUGGAUCGAUCAGCCCCUACGAGAGGUGUUUCCGGAGAACCGCGACGAGUUCUUUGGCGGCCUCAGCGUCAUCCUGAUUGGAGACUUCUUCCAGCUCCCCCGUGUUCUUAACAAGCCGCUAUACUCAACACGCGACGACCUAAAGGGCAUCGAGAUUGUCGGGCGUAAUGCUUACCUCUCAUUCGACAAGUCGGUGUUUCUGACCACAAUACAGCGGCAGCAGGGCGAAGACCAGGCCCCGUUUCGGCGGGCCUUGGAAGAACUGCGAAAGGCUGAUGUGUCGGUACCCUCCUGGGAGCUCCUUGCUUCGAGAUGCUCUGUCAAGCUCUCUCCCGAGGAGGUUGACAGCUUUGCUGAUACGCUUCGCAUCUAUCCCACCAAGACCCAGGUCGUCGAGUACAACCACCAACACAUGCUUGGCCUGGACAGCCCCGCCAUUCAGGUCGAGGCAAAGCAUGAGGGUGUUGGUGCGGAGAAGGUUGAAUCCUCAAAUGCCGGCAACUUGGCCAAGCGCUUGCCCUUGUGUGUUGGUUGCAGGGUGAUGCUGACGCGGAAUUUGUGGGCCGACGUCGGGCUCGUCAACGGCGCACAGGGCACAGUCUACGACAUAUCCUGGAAAGAAGGUACCGACGACUUCAUGGUCGGCGCCAACUCAUGUUCAAGAGAGCAGUUCCCGCUGUUGGUCAGCUAUGCGAUCACCGUCCACAAGUCACAGGGCAUCACCCUGGACAAGGUUGUCUGCGACAUCUCUGCGCCAGAGUUUGCUUCUGGCCUCUCCUACGUGGCCGUUUCGCGGGUGAAGACACUCCGCGGGCUGAUGUUUGAGCGGCCCUUCGAACGCAGCAGGAUCUACCGCGAGACACCAUCACCAGCUAUGGGGUUGAAGUUGUCCGAUCACGCGACCAGGCAACUGCAGGCGUUAGAUGCUGUGGCGGGGGAGGUUCCCUCAGAGUCUAAUUGA